AUGGGAGACUCAUAUCGUCCGUCGCGACCUGCGCGCGACCGCCCGCGACCACUUGCAGACCGCAUGACGUUCACUGGCGGUGAUGGCGACAACUACCGACCAGGCGGUGCGCGCAACGGCAAUCAGUCCCAGUUCACCUUCGAGUCUAGUCAUCCCGCUCCCCGCUUUCCGCCUGCUAGCGAUUCCAAUGUGCCGCGGGGUCCUUCCGGUUCUGCAUCGUCAAGAAGGCGCGGUCGUGGUGGGGCCUCGCGAGGCUCGUCUCGCGCGGACGGCAGGAACAACACAAACGGAUUCCGUAGGGGUGGUUUCAAGAAAGCUGCCCCACACGAGCGCGCCCUUCUGACCCAUCGCGACGGCGGUAGUCCGGAACGCGCUCUAGGUGUUGCCGACGGCUCCAACCGGUUCCACAACCCAGAUGACAUUUCUGACGACGAAGAGGCAGAUAUGCAGGUAGAGAGCGCGGAUUCUGCCGAUGAAGAUGGCGACGGCGACGCUCGCGAGCCCAAGGCAGCCCGAACGCAAACCAAACGUGCUGAUGGCGAUUCUGUUCCAAAGUGGUCCAAUCCCGACCCGUACACCGCCUUGCCGCCUCCCGAUGAGACUACGGGAAAGAGAACCGACUUUGUCAAACUGAUCCGGAAGGCCAAGAAUCAGGAAGCCGAGAAGGCCGCUGGACACAAUUCAGUUGUUGCCAACGACGAUUUCAUCUCGUUUGGUGACGAGGACGAUGGCCGCGACGCUGUUCAAGGCUCCUUGAGCGAGUUCGCGCACAUUGACAGCAUUGUUGAUAGGCAACAGGCUGCUGUAGCUGAACAUCGGGCACCACGUCCUGCUAGAAACAACAACAAACGCAAAGCCAAUUUGAGUGGUGUCGUGGACGAGUGGCUACCCGUUCCUAACGUCAAUCCAACACCGUGGCUUCCCUCACGCGACCCGUAUGCGCAUCUCGCUAGCGAACCUGAGAAAUGGCUUCAUAACGAGAUACUCGACUUCUAUGACUUCGUCGCACCAAAGCCCUUCGAGCACGAACAACGUAACCGGCUAGUCAACCGCGUUAACAGCGCUAUGGGACAACGCAGGUUCCCUCAAGAAAACGGACGCAUCUUGUGUUUCGGCUCCUUCCCUGCGGGUCUUUACUUGCCUACGGCCGACAUGGAUCUGGUAUAUGUCUCGGAUAGGCACUACAAUGGUGGAGAACCUGUUGUCGACAUGUCUGCGAGAGGGGCCAACAAGAGUCUGCUCUACAAGGCAGCCAGACGGCUCAAAGACACAAGGUUGGCGGCCAACAACAACGCACUGGUCAUCCCUGCGCGCGUUCCCAUCAUCAAGUUCGAAGACGAGCUCACCAAGCUUCAAGUUGACAUCUCGUUCGAGAAUUUGAGCGGAGUGCAGGCACAAGCGACAUUUGCACAGUGGAAGCAGCAGUACCCCGACAUGAUAUACAUGGUGGCACUCAUGAAGCAGUUCCUCGCCAUGCAUGGCUUGAAUGAAGUCCAUACUGGCGGGAUUGGAGGGUACAGUAUCAUUUGCUUGAUCGUCAGCUACAUUCAGCAUUCCCCUAAACCGGACAACCUCGGAGAAUGUUUCCUAGGAUUCCUCAAGUACUACGGUGACUUCGAUCUAUCCCGCAAACGCAUUCAGAUGCAUCCUCCUGCUAUCAUUGAAAAGACGAACUAUGGUAUCGAUGGCCGCCCAGAAAAAUAUGACGGCCUGUCCAUCCAGGAUCCUAAUCGCCCAGAGAAUAACAUUUCCGGUGGAUCCCACAAGGUUCAGGUUGCCUUUGAUGCCUUCAAAGAAGCGUACUUUACCCUCAGCGAUCGUAUGCAGGCCGCUCGCUCGGGACAGAAUAUCGGACCCAGCAUUCUCGAAUGCGUUUUCGGUGGCAACUACGAGACAUACACCAAGCAGCGAGCCCACAUGAGAAGCCUCAAGUGA